AUGGUUGUGACCUCAAAUGUUCUGCUUAUUGGAGGUAUGGGGCUUGGCGUCAUUGCCGCUUUGAGCCUUGAGGCCAGCUGCAGAGCUCAAAUUACAGUUGUUCUCCGUUCAAACUACAAACUUGUCAAGCAAAACGGCUACGAUAUUAAGUCAUGCGAUCACGGAAAAAUGGAGGGUUGGAGCCCAACCAAAAGUAAGGUUUACUCACAGCUUGUUAUUCCUGCUACUUACAUCCGCCCUGUAGUUGUGCACCAAGUUCCCCAUGUAUCUUCGAACGAUCGGCCCUAUGAUUAUAUCGUUAUUACGACUAAAAACAUACUUAAUACCGGUCCAGGCAUGGCAGAAUUGAUUAUACCAGCAGUUUCUUUCGGCAAAACAGUUAUCGUUCUUAUCCAAAAUGGGCUAAACAUCGAGAGACCAUAUUUAGAACGGUAUCCAUAUAACAUCAUUUUAUCAGGCAUCAGUUUUGCUGGUUCUCAAGAGAUUAAACCUGGCGUUAUCGAACACUGCUACCAUGAUAAUCUGCUCGUAAGCGCGUUUCGGACUCAAAAUGUCGAUAUUACACGGGAGCAGGAAGCUGCCAAGAGUUUUGUGUCACUAUACGCAGCUUCAGGAAAGGCGUCAUGCUUCCACACUGCCGAGACUAUAUCACGAAGAUGGGAAAAGCUGGUCUACAACGCUAUCAUAAAUCCACUCUGUGCCAUUACCAAUCUAGACUCCGGAUAUCUAAGACAAAGCGGCUCGGCAAUGGUAAAGAUUAUUCGAGAUGCCAUGGAGGAGGUCAUAGCCGCUGCAGCAGCAGCUGGGUACACUCUGCCUCCAGAUACAGCUCAGGAGUUGCUCAAGGACGAUCCCAUAGAAAGUCACUUUGAGCCGAGCACGCUCCAAGAUAUUAGGAAGGUAUGUGAGAGUGCUACAAGCUUUACAUCACCAUGA